GACAAGGUACCAAAUUAAUUUUAUUUUUUCACAAUUUCACUGUUUACCAUUUUGCGGUUUGUGAUAUUUAUUAAUUUUCCAAGUUUGGUAAGAAGAGAUGGAGAGGUCUUUUAUAAGAGAGAGAGACAGAGAGAGUGAGAUUUCACCAGAUGGCCCCAUUUGGUGUUGAAUCGGUUUGAAGACCUGGCCAGAGUCUGAAAUAUUAAAAUUGAAGAAAAAGCUUUGGAAAUCAGGUGUACCCAGAUCCAUGUGCAUGAGCAUCACACAGGUUGAAACCAACAUUCCACCUCAGUCAACCGCCAUCAUAUUUUCUCUGUUGAUGCUUCGACAGUCUUCAAGCAAGACGAGUUAGGUGUGCUUUCUUUCGCUAUCAUUUCUAACCUGGCUUUCACAUGACUUGAACCCUCCUCUAUUGCUCAUUUAUUUGCCCUUCUGUGGUUGCUUGAUGUAUAUCAGUGUCAGAAAUUGAGCCUCAUUUUGGAUUCCUGGUAUUUUGGGUGCUUUAAAUUGGAUUUUUGUGGGUAUUAUUUACAGAGAGAUUUGGGUUUCCCUAAGAUUGGCAAUUGAAACUCCGAGAAUUACGAGAGAUUGUGGUUCUUAAUCAUUUGGAGCUCCUCUAUUGAGAGAGAAUGAUGGCAGGCAACGGUCUUUUGUAUCCAAUUCUUGGUUUUGCUUCAUGUGUGGCUUUCAUUUACAUGUCUUUUGGUGACUUGGCUGCUGUUAAUUACCGUCAACAACCUGAGUUAGAUUUUGCGAGAAGGAAUGGGACUCAUUUUGUGGUUGAUGGUCGACCCUUAUACGUCAAUGGAUGGAACUCUUACUGGUUGAUGGGUUAUGCUGUGGAGGGACAUGGCAGACAAAAGGUUAGUGCAAUGCUGAGAGCAGGGGCACAAAUGGGUCUCACUGUUUGUCGAACUUGGGCCUUCAAUGAUGGUGCCUACAAUGCCCUCCAGAUUUCCCCUGGUCGAUUCGAUGAGCAAGUCUUCAAGGCCUUGGAUUAUGUCAUUGCAGAAGCGAGACGACAUGGUAUCAGACUACUUUUAAGUUUAGUGAAUAACUUGCAAGCAUAUGGUGGGAAGACUCAAUAUGUCAAGUGGGCAUGGGAAGAGGGCAUAGCUCUAAGCUCUUCAAAUGACUCCUUCUUCUUCGAUCCAUCUAUCCGCAAGUAUUUCAAGCAUUAUGUCAAGACUGUGCUGACCAGAAAGAACACCCUAACAGGAAUUGAGUAUAGGAAUGAUCCUGCCAUCUUUGGGUGGGAAUUGAUAAAUGAACCGCGGUGCAUGUCUGAUGCUUCAGGUGACACUCUUCAAGAAUGGAUUGAAGAAAUGUCAGCUUUUGUGAAAAGAAUUGACAAGAACCAUCUGCUAACAGUGGGACUUGAAGGAUUCUAUGGUCCCAAGAACCCCAAGAGGCUAUCUGUGAAUCCAGAGCAGUGGGCGUCUACCCUUGGGUCUGAUUUUAUUCGUAACUCGAAGAUACCUAACAUUGAUUUCGCCUCUGUGCAUGUCUACCCAGAUCAUUGGUUUCAAGACCAGGAAUUUGAGGACAAACUGAAUUUUGUCUCUAAGUGGUUGCUUUCUCACAUUGAAGAUGGUGACAGCGAACUCAAGAAGCCCGUCAUGUUUACUGAGUACGGAUUGUCAACGGAAAACAAGGACUUCCAACCAUCUAAACGAGACCGAUUUUACAAAACCAUUUUAGACAUCAUUUACAAAUCUGCCAGGCAAAACUGGUCUGGCGCAGGCUCGUUAGUUUGGCAGUUUGUCGCUGAAGGAAUGGAAGAGUCUCAUGAUAGUUUUGCCGUAGUUCCAUGGAAAGAUCCAUCAACGUUUCGAUUGACCGUCGAACAAUCGUGCAGGUUGGCUAGAAUCCAGGGAUUAAAUCAACAAAAAGUGGAUCUUAACAAUCUGUGUUCACUGGCAAAGUGUUCUGAAAAGACAUGUUUGCAAUCGAAAUAGAAGUUUCAACUGUUUUGGUGGGAGAAUGGUUGAGGCAGAGGUGUGUUCUUUGUUCGGCGACAAAAAACUCGGACCAUGCUAGAUGAAUCAGAUAUAAGUAUACUGGCUGUAGUGCAGCACAGCCAAUUGAAGGUGCUGUAGAGUUUAAUACUUAUUGAGUUGGGCUCGAAGGGGAAAAGAAUUUAGUAGCAAAUUGGAGAUUCUGAUUGCUUGUGAUCACUGAUAUCAUGAAAGGAUUGGAAAAGUAAUUGGGUCGAGAGAAGACCCCAAGCUUUGGUAAUUCUCUGUCCUGUGUUUCAAGUUUGAAGUUACUCAUAUUUACCUAUUUAUUGCAACAAUAAUAUAUAUAUACAAAGUAUUCUUGAUGGAUA